CUCACCAAUUCCAUAGGUGAGUUCUCGGUCAGUUCUCUAAGAGAUAAAGUUCUUGCUCGUCCUGAACUAAAGAAUUUGAGCUAGAUUUUGUUGACGCACGAGUCACAUCGCUGUUUCGUGUUUUUCUAUUUACUGUGAUCUUCUGAAAGUGCAUGUAGGUACUUGCGUAAAAAAUGUGUCUUUAGAGGAAUUAAUAUUAAAAAUGAAUGUUCCAUCAGUGAAUUGUUUUAUUAGUUUCAUCAUAUUAUGUCUUGCUUAUUUAUCCGGAGCAGUGAUUAACAACUUGGAGACCAAGAUGAAUUCAUUUUUUACGGAUAUAAUGACCGAUUCAAAAUACAAUCUGUCUGGUUUGAAACCUCAGCUGGACAAAUUAUUCCUUGACUUCCAAGCAUAUGGGUCUGAAAACUUUGUCAACGAUCAGAAGUCUGAUUUCGAAAUGGCAGAAUCAUUCAUCGAAUCCAUCCAGGACAUAAUGACAAUUCCUGCAGCAUUCCCUACAGUUAUGUAUUUAUUUACCCUGCUUCAUAGUCCCACUAUCUGGUCGAUAUGUCUUCAAGCGAAUGACGAUCCGCAAAACACAGAUUUAAUGUUAAUGGUCUUGCGCGAGUAUGAUGAAACCAGCGAGUCAUGGAUUACAAGAGAUUCGGUACCAGUCAAAACAUGCACCCAAUUAGAAAUAAAAGAUAUUGACGGGGCUGUCUUCAUUUUUCUGUUGACAAAAGAUUUCAAUGAGGAGCCACAAAUGAACAUGUAUUCAAUUAUUGACUCGAGAUUCUUUUUGAGCCAGACCUCCAGCGUGGGAAAAAUUCAUUUUCUUACAGUUUGGGAUGAACCAAACGGCAACAAUAUUUUCCUUGGCAUACUCUCAGGUGAUAAUCAUGAUCGAUCCUCCUGUAGUUUGCACAUCUAUCAAUGGGACUACAGUAGUUUUGCUCUAUUUGACCUCAUUCCAAUGCAUUGCGCCACCACCAUAAAAUCAUUUCUUCUUAACUCAUCUGUUUUCCUGGCAGUUUGCCAUCGAUGGGAUGCAUCCGAUAAAUUAGGUGCUGGAAAUCACACAACUUUGUUCAAGUUCAAUGAGGAAUUGCAAUCUUUCGAGGUUCAUCAAUUGCUGUCAAUGUCGAACUGUUCGAAUAUAGAAUACUUCGAAUACGCAUCAUCAGACUUUUCAAAACCAGAGCAGUUCUUAGUGAUCACUGGCCUCCAUGGUGAUCAGGAAAAUAGUCCCAUUUCAAGAAUUUACAAACUUCACAACGAGUACUUUUAUCCUUUCCAAACGAUUAGCUUGGAUUACGUCCAACAGUGGAUGAUGUAUGGAUCUGCCGGCGAGUCAAUUUUACUUGCAGCAACGAGGUACUCUGGGAUUCACCUUUUUGAGUAUGAUGGGCGUAAAUUUUCAAAAACGGACUGUUUUUUGGAGACCGCCGUUAUCAGUCAUAUCUCUAAAUGUACGAUGAAUGGGACAGAAGCUUUAGUCUUGACAGAUAGAAGUAACGAUGGGACGCAUCCCAACGUAUUUCAAAUACGACUUAUCAGCGCUGAUAUUCUGAAAAGCAUUGCCGAAACGUACGAUGAAUGGCACUCAGAGAUGACGCGUGACCUUAAGACUAUUGCUGAUCAGUUAAAGCACUUGGAGGAAUCACUGAUUUCAGCCCCACGAGUCGACUCCUCAGAAAUUGUGAUUGAUGGAACAUUGGAGCUUUCAGCUCUUCAUGGAGAUCAACUAGUUUUGAUUCAGCCUGAGGGAGAGUCAUUGAAUGAUACGCGAGAGAAGGAGUUUACCGAGGAGCUUGAAAGUGAGCUGACUGAACUUAAAAUUAUAGAAACAUUUGUAAACAAACUGGUUAAUGGCGGAGGAAAGUUUAUUGUUGACGGAGACUUGUUUUUGGACCAAUUUGAGCUAAACUGCAUCGAGGAAUGCGACUUGAACAUUUUAUCGAUCACAAAUUUAAAUGGCGAGGAUUUUGAUACCCUUAUUGAUAACACUGUUAACAUAGACAGCCCUGGCAGUUAUAACGCUCUCAACUUUGAAAACAUAGCAGUCUCCCUCAAUCUUAACACGGUGUCCAUCAACGGACACACGGCCACAAGUCUUGUCCAUCAAGGAAGAGAUAAUUUGUUCAGAAAUGGUUUGCGGUUGGAUUCGAUUGCUAUCUCCGACAAACUGAGUGUUCAGGGAAUGAUCAAUGGAAUUAAGAUGGACUCACACUCAGUUUUAUUGGUUUCUGGUGAUCAGACUCUUAAUGGUUCUCUAAUUUUCAAAGAAGGAACUGUUGAAACCUUAUACUGCGUUAAGAACUUAUGGAACAAUUCAAAUAUCAGUGAUUGUUGUGGUAGAAACUAAGUAUAAGCCUAUGGACACAAAGCUCCACACACUAUUCUGUCAACUCAAUUUUUCUCGCAUCUGAAAACUACCAUCUGCUAGUUGUAACAGAAUUAUUUUACUCUGGAAAUUAAUUUCAAAAUGUUCGGAGAUCAUGGUCUCAAUGGCAGAAAAUAUAAGUUAGGAAGUGAAAAUCGAGACCUUGAUCUCAGUUAAACAUUAAUUUGCUGUAUCUAUGAAAAUAUGCAGUCUAGUUAUUUAUUGUUUAAGUUGUUAUUAAUGUACCUCAACUUAUCUAGUCAAAAAUUUGCCUUUUCUUGGAUUGAUUUUGAAAAUUAGUGAAAGGUAUAGUAUCUGAACAUUGGAGUAAUCAUUGUUGUGGGCUACUUUAAUGAUUAUUUUGUUACAUAUGUGUACUGAAUUUUUAUUUUUUCAUUUAAAUAUUUAUUUCUAAAUCCUCCAAAACUGCACAUCGAUAAGAGGCAAUAUUCCUAUCAGAUCACAUAGAAGAUUAAGCUGAGGAGAGGACAAGAAAUAUUGCAGGCUUUUCGAGGAAAAAAAUUGUAUUUCCAAAAAUAAAAAAGGAAGAAAAAUCGCUGUUAAAGAAGAUAACUUUCUUUUUGUAAAUUUAGUAAUCAGUUACACAUGACACGUUUUAAACAUCAGUCCAAUUAAGCAAGUUUAAUCUUAGGGAGGAUUAUUUUUUAAAAGAGUCAGUACCAAUUCAUACACACUCUCCUUGAAUCAAAUUUUGGAAAUCCCAUCCACAUAAACAACGCUUUUUUAUUGAGAACUUACAGGUUGGAAGAGGUGUUCCCGCCCUAAAGGAGAAGAACCAUACAAAUUAAAAUUAUACUGGCACCAGGGGAGAAUUGGACACUAUCAAUGCAUUAACAUCGAGAUAUCCACCUUCUAAAAUGUUGAGUUGCGAUUGAAAAAUUAUUCCGAGAAUCAAACUUACUCUGUAGAUACUAUUUAUUUAUUAUAUAUUAUAAAUACAUAUUCGCUGGGUAUAAAUACCCCUUUUUACAAAGAAAAAUGAAAACGCCUUAUUUUCUCCUGCUGUAUCCCCUCUCCUAAAAAUUAACUUUUGAACACCCACCCUGUAAACUUUUCGAACUCAUGCGCUCCACUAAACUCAAAAUCUAACCAAACACUGGGGAUCUAUUGAUGGGCUUUUCCCCGCAAUUUAGUAUUCAAUCAUUCAUUUAUAUUCUAUUUUUCUUCUAAUCCUGUAAAUACAUUCUAAUUUUUUACUAGUA